UGCUGUCGAUCCACGUUUCCCAUGAUGCAGUGCGGAAACGACCCGGCCGGCGGGGACAUUCAAAACUAUGGCAGACUCGAACAUAUUUAAAUCAACAUCAAACUCAGAAGACGCGGAAAAUAAGUGCAAUAUUAACAGCGAAGACAAUGAGAUAAAGAGGCGCCUUUCGUUUUCGUUAGAAAAACAUAUUAGUACACUAGAGGAACCGAAUAUGACAUGUAAGGUCUUAACGUUACAAAGUGUUCCCGACGACUCAAAUUCAUGUCGACCUUCCGCCGAAGUCUCACCACAGGCCGUAAACGCAUGUUUAAAGGCGAAAAAGGCAAGUGACUUGAAAGAUGACUACCCAGAAUAUCGACAGCAUAGUGUGAACAUUACUGAAGACAAAGAAAACAUCGCUAUGCCCUCCACAACCAUCAAUACUGAUAACACCCAAGAAGAGGGCACUUCUGGUCAGAGAAGUGUGCAAGAUUCCAAUGUGACUGCCAGUAAACAACUUAGUAACACAGAGGACAGUGAUGCUGAGGUGGCGAGAGAAGCACAGCACGAAGGCCAUGUGAACGUGGUCUUCCCUGGCACUGUAACCCAGGAAGGCUGCUGCCGCUUCGUCAGCGAGAUCCUCAAGUGCGUUCUCUAUCAGAGGCAGCAACUACCCAUGACGUAUGACCAGCUGGUGUACUCCCAGAAGAAACAGCAAGCCUCAAUGCAGGAUAAAGACAUAGUGAGUCGGAGGCCAGUGCAGUCUGCAGACAUGGAUUGGCGCAAGUGUCAACAAACCCUUCAAGAGCUAGAGGAGGUGCUGCAGCAGCUGGAGGUGCUAUUUUCUCUUAGCAGGGUGCCUCGAGUGCUGCUGCUAAUGGGUGGAUCCCUCGUCCUCCCCAAAGAGCUGUAUGAGAUCAACAUGGAGGCUCUGGUAGUGACUGGUGGGGAUCAAUGUCUACGGGUGUCCCCAUGCUUAAGGCAACUCUUCCGCACUCUCUUCGUGGCUGACCUUUUAUCUGACACCAGACCUGUCCGUUUAAUGCCCACCACAGUGUUAGCGCUGGCUCACAGGGAUUGCGGUGUAGGCUGGUUCCGCCCUAAACUACAAUUUAAAGUGCCAACCCGUGUAAAGAACCAAAUUAUUGCUCUGUCUACUGAUCCCAGCGCCAGUAAGGAACCAAGAGCCGAGGGGUCAGACUGGCAGGAUUAUGUGUGGUUCCAGGCGCCCAUGACUAUCAAGGGCUUCAGCAACUGACCCAAAAAGUUGGGGAGUGCAUAGUCUGAGAUUGGAGUUCUCUUUCUGGAGCCUGUAUACUACAAUUCAGUUUUAAUGGUGGUUCAAGAGCUGUCCAUAUUUUAAUGAAUUAUGAGUUAAAUUUUUUCUACUUGUUAUUAAAAGUAUGUCAACUAAAAAAAAUAGUGGGUUUAUCAACAUGAGCAGUAUGGUGUAUUAUCGUUUUUUUAUAGUCUUCUGAAAUACUGAGAAUGUGUUUCCGAAGAGGUUUUGUUGGCAUGUGAUGUUUAUAUUUAUAAAGAAUGUUUUGCAUAAAAUAUUAAUUUUUAAGGACGUUAAACACAGAACAACACACAACAACAACAAUGGUGCAAUAUAUUUUUAAUCUGCAUAACUUGACAGGUUUAAUGCAUUAUAGUGCUUUCUUUAAUCCACUCUUUGGAUACACUGGAGUGCCAGUAUCACCUGUGUAGACGUUUACAUUUAUUGAAACCUGAAAAUGAUUUUGACGGUGCUGCAGUUUUGGAGGCAAUCAAGCAGUGAGAGGCAUUGUAGUGCAAUGAAAAUGAGUAACAAGGAUGUGCAUUUGUGUCCCAUUUGGAAUGAUCAGUGAAAAUCUAACACAACAGCAGAAAUAAAGAACCAAUUUACCAUAA